AUGCUCUGGGAAAACAGUAAUCCGCCCUCUUGGUCAAUUCCCGCUGCUGCGACUCUGGCUGACGUGCGAAACCCUAUCCCGUGCCGCAGGGAGCAGUACCAGUCAGCUCUACACCUUCUGGACCUUUACGCCGGCACGUCGGUUGCGUGCAGAUACACUGGACCAGGAGUCUCGGCAAUCCUAGAAAGCAGCAGCAUCGGGCCCGAUGAGCGUGGGCUCCCGACCUGGCUCGUUCGAGCGGUAGCGGGAGUCGUUCGAGACCAGCCUCUGUUGCGCGUGGGUAUUUCCGGAGAGGACUCGAGCCGCCCUCAGUGGAUAGAACUUGAGAAGAUUGAGCUCGCCAACCACAUCAAGUACGUAGCGCAGAGCGCGGACCAGGACUCACAAAAUACCCAGCAACCUCAGGAUGAGUUUCUAUUAGACGCCAAGUUCGACCACGUCGAGACGCGCCCUGGCUGGAGGAUGCUGGCAACUCGGCGGCGGGCGGCCGACCAGACCUACUAUCUUGACAUCUUGUUUAGCUGGAAUCACGCCAACAUGGAUGGCAUGAGCGGGAGAAUCUUCCACACGGUUCUGCUACGGCACCUCAACGCUUGCGAUGCAGAGAUGCAAGGGUCGCAGUCGAUCGCCCCAAGACCAGAAGAUACCUGGCCGCACCCGGUCUCCGCAGCCGUAGACCCUCGGCGCUUCCCGCAGCCGCACGAGCACCUCUUCGAUAUGAAGUUGACGCCGCCGUACCUCCUCAAGACGUUGGUCGAGCACAAGGCCCCAGCGUGGCUGAUGCCCGACUCCAUGAAGUGCGCAGACGCGCACUGGGCUCCGGUGCGGAGAGGGCCGCUCAAGACGCACUAUGUCGAGUUUGGCCUCGCGCAGGGACCUCUGUCGGCCGUCCUCCAGCUCUGCAGGGAGCACGACACGACGCUCACCGGGCUGCUGCACGCCCUGACGCUCACGUCCAUGGCGCUCCAGAUACCCGAGUCCCAACAGGUCGCGUUCCGGGCCGAGACGCCCAUCACGACCCGGCGCUUCAUCACCAAGCCAGACGGCAAAGACGCGGAACACGAGUGGCUGGACCCGUACGAGACCCUGGCCAACUACGUGAGCUCGACCAAGCACCGGUUCGGGAGGCGGCAGGUCGCCGAGAUCCGCAGGCUGCUGCACACCACGACGCAGCGCCCCACCAGCGACGUGAGCCGGGAGGCGCACCUCACCACGCAGCCGGCGGCACCGACAGCCGCGCCCGAGCUGCCGCGCGAGCUGGCCGAGGUGGUGUGGGAUGCGGCGCGACGAGUGCGGCGGGACCUCAACGACUUCCUCUCGUCGGGCACGACGGACAUGGCGACGGGCAUGAUGAAGUUUGUGGGCGACUGGCGGGCCGAGCACGAGGCCAACCUCGACAGGCCGCGGGCGUCGUCGUGGAUGGUCACCAACAUCGGGGUGCUGGACGGCAGCGGCGGUGGUGGCCGCUGGGCGAUCGACAGGGCGCGGUUCCUCACCUGCGGCGAGGUGGUCGGUCGGGCCUUGAACGUCAGCACCGUCAGCGUCAAGGGCAAGGGCCUGUCUGUCGGGCUGAGCUGGCAGGAUGGUGCCGUCGAGGAGUCGCUGGGCAGAGGGGUCGCGGCGAACCUGGAAGGCUGGCUGGUGGCACUGGGCAAACGAGAGAAAUCAGGUUGA